AUGGAUGAGAAGACCCAUCUGGAGGAGCAGAUCAGCCAGAUGGGCAACGUCCUCUCCACGCAGCGGGUCGGCAUGGACGAGCCGCUGGUGGACGCGGAUGACUACCCGCGCGCCGACAUCGACGUGUACUCGGUGCGGCACGCGCGCUCGCAGCUGCGCCGCCUGCAGAACGACCACCGGGCGCUGAUGACGCGCAUCGAGGCCGGCCUGGCCGAGCUCGGGCCGGGAGUGCGGGAGCGGGCGCAUGAGAACUUGUCGGGCGGUGGUGGCGGCGGGGUGGCCUCCGACUGCCGCCACCAGGUGGCAGUGCAGUUCGCCGACAGGCAGCGCUCCAGUCGGAACAAAAACCAAAAAGGAGAGCCGCUUCAGCCGUGCGUCUUGAGAUGCGAGUACGGCGAUGGAGUCACCAUCGGCGAGUCGCCGAAGGUCGCAGUUGAUGCCAACGGCUGCGCGGAUAUCGACUUCACGACCACCAUCGCCAUCGAUCAGGAAGUAGCAGAUUGGAACCAGAUGGCUAACACCCCGCUCGUGCUUCUCCUCAUGGAGUCUUCUGUCAAAGAAUCCAGGAAAAAGAAGAGCCCCAGUUUCAACAAAGUCGGAGUGGCUACUAUUGACCUGCUUCCUCUUCUCUUCGAGCCGGCCACCGGCGAGCAGUGGCACAGGUUCGCGCCCGCGGACCACGUGCUGCCCGACUCUGAGCGCUGCCUGCUGCAGAUGCCCGAGGCGGCGGUACGCUUCGAGACCAGCGCGCCGCUCAUCCCCGACAAUGUGAUCGGCGAGCUGAACAUGCUGACAAUCACGCUGGACUCCUUGUACGGGAUACCGAGUCGUCUAGAGGAGUCUUGGGAAUGCCAUGACUACAUCACGGCGUUGUUCCUUCCCUUCGAACAGACGGAUGAGCUGUUGAGCUACGAAAAGUCGCUCUGCCAGGAGUUCAGCGCCGAGUGGGAGCGACCACUACUGGUACGGCAGGACCGGCGGCCAGUCGGACGACGACUUCAUUCCGGCACGCAGGUCAGAGUGCAGGCGCCACGCUGUCCAGAGCCGCGCCGCGGGACGGACUACUGCGCGACCAGCUUCGCCAAAAAGCAGGAGAUAUUGCUCCAUCGUGAUCGAAGAUGA